AUGUCACCGCUUGUGCUUUUUGUCGUCAUCUUGCAACUUGUCCUGAUCACUUUGGCACACGAUCAAGGUGAAAACACUUGUCUACCGAGCGAGAAGUGUCCCUUGUCAUGGAAGCAAUGGCGUGACUCGUGUUACCGUUUUACCCCGACUGUUCACAGCUGGUUCGCCGCACGGGAGGCCUGUCUGCAGCUGGGAGGUAAUCUGGCCGCCCCGCGAUCACAGGAAGAGAACGAUUUCUUCUGGGAAUUCGGAAAGGAGGAAAUAACCUCCACCGUACAGAAAUUCUGGAUUAACUGCGAUGAUUUGAAGACCAACGGCCAGUGGUUUUGUGAGGGAGAAUCUGUCGACGAUCCGGGUGCCUUCUUAAACUGGGCCGCCAAUGAGCCGAAUCAUUUACCCAGUGAACAAUGCGCGGCUGUCGUGAUAGACCAACAAGGGAGAUGA